GCAGUUGCAGUGGUGCAGAAUGGCGGACCUCAGUCUUGUAGAUGCAUUGACAGAGCCACCUCCAGAGAUUGAGGGAGAGAUAAAGCGAGACUUCAUUGCCACACUGGAGGCCGAGCCCUAUGAUGACACUGUGGGAGAAACUGUGGAGAAGACUGAGUAUAUUCCUCUCAUGGAUGGUGAUGAGAAAACUGGGAACCCAGAGGCCAAAAAGAAACCAUGCUCAGACACUAGCCAGGUUGAAAGUAUUUCAUCUUCUAAACCAAUGCUUCUAGCCAAUGGUGAUCAUGGAAUGGAAGGGAAUAACACUACAGGGUCUCCCACUGACUUCCUUGAAGAGAAAAUUGCCUACCAGGAAUAUCAGAACAGCCAGAACUGGCCAGAAGAUGCAAGCUUUUGUUUCCAGCCUCAGGGAGUGUUAGGUACUAACCAGACUGAUCCGUUUAAGGUGCACCCUGAUGAUGGCCUGGCAGAUCUGCUCUUUGUCUCCAGUGGACCCACAAAAGCUUCAGCAUUUAUGGAGCAAAGUGACCCUCUGCAAGACAGUUAUGGUAUGCUUCCCGGUGACUCAUUUGCUCCCAUGGCUGUUGCAUCUCAGGAGUGGUCUGUGGAAGCCUCAAACUCUCCAUACUCAGAAUCCUUGGUUUCUCCAGAAGGUAGUAUAGAAACCCUACAGACGGCAGCAGAGCGAUCCAAGGAAAUAGAAGUGGAAUCAGUAAAAGAGCAGCUGCCAAAUAAAGCAUUGGAAAUGAUGGCCGAAGAGAAGAGUGCUGAUGUGGUGCCAUCUAGAAAAACAGAGGUAUCUUCAUCCACAGACACGACACCAGUCACAGGACCCGAAGAGGCAUUUGCUAAAGAUACAGAAGAAACCAGGAAACCAGAUGUGAUGCUGUCAGGUGUCAUGCAGCCAUCCAGUGAAUCCGAUCUGUUCCUGGCAGAGGACAUGGAACAACAUGUAGGAACAGAGGUGCCCCCUGUUAAGGAUGUUGUAUUGCCGACCGAAAAUGUGUCUUUGACCAAGGAUAUGGCACCUCCUACAGAAACUGAAAUGGUUCCAGGCAAGGAUGUGACACUGCCCAAAGAAACAGAGAUGACAUUUGCAGUAAAAAUGGACUUGGUACCACCCGAGGAUAUGGUACUUCCCAAAGAAACAGAGCUAACCCCAGUCAAUGUCAUGGUUUCCUCCUCAGCCAUAGAAGUGGCACUGGCAAAGGAUGCUGAGUCCUCUGUGGAAAUACGUUUGGCUGAGGAGAUGGACUUGUCCUCAGAAACAGAGGUGGGCUUGGCAAGGGACUCGGCACUGCCCUCAGACACCCUGAUGACCUCGACAAAGGAUGUAACAUUGCCCUUAGAAACAGAGGGAUCUCUGGCCGAAAGCGUGACUCCAUCUCUGGAAAGUGAAAUGACCCUGGAUAAGGGUAUGGCUCCACCCCCUGAAGCAAAAUUGGACAUGGUCAGAGAUAAGACUCCACUCCCAGAAUCAGAAGUGUCUCUGGACAAGGAAGUGGUUAUACUUUCAGAAACAAAGGUGACUGAGAUCAACAAUUCGACCCCUCUUUCAGAAAAAGAGGUGGCCUCAAUCAAGGACAUUUCUCUGCCUCCAGAAACAGAGGCUCCCCUGGCUGAGGAUGCCAUUCUGCCCUUAGGAACAGGGUUGACCUUGGACAACGACGUGACUCCAGCCAAGGAUGUUGCACUGCUUUCGGAAACAGAAGUAGCAGCAGCUCAAAUUAAAGACAAGGAAAAUGCACAGACCCAAGAACUAAGUAAAAACUCCCAGUUAGACUCUGUCCAGCAUAAGGGGCAGUCAGCAGUACCUCCUUGCAUGAUUCUACCAGAACCAGUCAAAGCUGCAGAUCAAAAGUCUAACUUGCAAGUAGAUGAAGGUACUCUGUUAGAGAACUUAGAGCAGAAGGAAACCUCUGGCAGUCAGUCUUCUGAACUUUCUUCAGGUACCCCUCCCUCACAAGGUAAACAAGUUUGCAGACCCAGUGACCGCAGGUCAGCCCGGGCCAGGCCUGCCAGGGUCCCUCCUGAGCUGCUGGAAGGUUCUCCUUCAUGGACGACUCUUGAUCCCAGACUGGGCCCCUACCCUUUUUCUGAGUUGGGUUUGGUCUCUGGUUCAUCUUCCUGUGGUGAGCAUGGGAACCAAAGGAAAAAUAUUCAUGCUGAAUUGCUAGUACCCCAGAGAGAUCAUGUCAGGGAGGCCAGGGAUAUAGAAAGCAUGCCAAUGAUAAUGAGGAAAAAGAAGAAGAAACCAAAGCAAAAGAGAUAUCCUCAGUCCCGAGCUGGGGGACCUUGGGACGACAAUGCAGAUGGGCCCAAAGAUCAUCCUGUUUCGCCUGGGGCCUUGAAGUCAGGUGUUGGCCCCAGCCAGCCUACUACUGUGGGCACAGAAUAUGGACUUGUAUCCAGAGAAGUCUUGAAGCCUGACUGUGCAGAGAGUCACAGCAUUACUUCAUGUCCAGUACAACCUCCAGAGACUGUUGUAAAUGCUCAGCUCAAGCUGAGAGUAGAGGAAGACCACAGAGGUAACCGCUCAGUGCCAGAGAACCAAGAUGAGAACUUGCUACAGCAGGAGCAACACAGAUCCUCAGCUCCAUCACACCUGAAGCCUUUAGUGGAUGCCAGCAUGGCAGCGGGCCCAUCCCGUUUGGAAGGAUCCCCGAUAGACAGUGCUGCACACAGCAAAGUUACAAGAUUGGGCCAAGAGAUUAUGAGUAGAGUUUCAAAACCUACAACAGAAAAAGUGCUCUCAAACUUGCCCCUCCCUUCAAAGGCAGACAGUCCGUUAGAAGACUGUCGGAAGGAAGGCAAUGGUGAGAGUGAAAUGACUGAGCUGCAGAGGUUUCCUGACAGAGUUAAAGAUGCUAAGGAUGUUAGAGAAAUAAAUCCAGAGACAUGCCCCAAGCCAAGAGACGGAUCCAGCCUCUUCACUUCACAGGAGCUGAAAGACCAAGAGUUAAUGCAGGCUGCUGGGCUGCAGAGCAAAAGCAGAAAGGGAAGGGGUCCUGGGAAAGUCAGAGCAGGCUCUGGGAAGUUAGGAACCAGAUCUGAGGGGCCACUCCUUCUGACCAGUGAGAAGGAGGGGAGAGCUGUUCCUAUGCCAAGUGAGCCAGUCCCUGAACCUGCAAUAGUGAGUAUUGAGACUCAGAGAAGAGGGCUAGGCUUGGAUUCUUCAAAGCAACCAGAGGCUCUUACUGAUCUCACUGAGGCAGUGGUGAGGGUGGCCAGGGACAUAGCUGAUGCUGGUGUGGGAAGCACCAUACCAUUGAUUCCUUUGGAAACUGGGUCAAGCUGUACUCAGACUUCGUAUGCUAGGACAGAAAGAAGUGCUGAGGUUAAAAAUACGGGCAUCAGUAACCAGAGCAAGGAAGGGAAGUGCCUUUGGGUGGAUCAUGAGUCAACCCCCUGGAUGUCUGAAAAGACUAAAAAGAGAGUCAAUGAAGGCAGAAACAAAAAGUUUAAAAAUAAUUAUCCUGUACAGCCUAGCAAAAUGGAGGGCAAGGAGGAAAUCAUCAGCCCACCUUGUGUAGAGAAGGAGAGUGAUGACGGUAAUAUAGCCCAUAACAAGGGGGAAUUAGGGCAGGCUUUCCCUCAAAUACACGCUCCUUUGUUCUCCCACACACCCACAGUGGAAGUUGCUGACUUCAAGAGUAAGAAUGUUGAGUGUACUUCUGUUGAACUUGGGGCUCUUGUGGGGAAUAAAACAAACGCAGGCCAAGCUUCUACUCUUACUGCUGAGCCAGCUGACAAGGUGACAGACGGGAGCUCCCAAGACCCAGUCUGGGGAGCAGGAUUUGUUCCCUCAGUAGAACCUGAGGAAAACAAGACACGUGUAGCCAAGGGACACACUGCAGUGGCUGACAAACCUAAUAAAAGGAGUAACGAUGGGAAAUGUGAAAAAGUUAAAAAUAGUUCUCCUGAGAAGCACAGUUUGGAGAUUAGGACAGAUACAACAAAAAUACAUAUUGCCAUGGAAACCACAGGAGACUGUAGAAUUGAAGGAAUGGGGUAUAUGGAUGAAAAUAGAAAUAUUACAUUUACCUCUGGGAGAGAACCAUCAGGACUGAGGAAGUCAGCUCCUCCAGAGGUCAUGGGAUCAGCAGGCUGUGAAACACAGCCAUGCCCUUCUCCUCAGGUACUAAAGGAAGAUGAUUCCUUGCCUGACACUUGUAGAAAAAGUGGGCAAGAGAGAUUCUUAGCCCAGAAUUCCAAAUUAUUAGUACAAGAUACUUAUAGCAAAGAUGGAGUCCCGGGUCAAGAAACGUCCAAGGCUCCCUCUGCUGCUGUGCCCUCUGCUAGCACAGGAGUUCCUGGGACUACACAAGCCCAAGGAAAGAUUAACAGUCGUGGAGAUGGUUCUCUUAAGAAUAAAGGUGAGCCUUCAGAUUGCGGGAAGAAUGCAGUAGGGAUAAUCCCUGAAAGGCAUGAGGUAGGAGAAUCUGAAUUAGAGCAGCACGGGUCCUCUAAACAUUCAGCACAGCUCGCCAUAGAGCCAGCUAAAGGACACUUCCUUCCUGGUAUGCCCUCAGAAAGCCAGAGCCUGCCAGAGGAGGUCAGAGUCCUAGAAACACAUGCAUAUAAUGGUGGUUUGCCAGCAUCUUUAGUGAGCGAGGAGAAGAGAACUGAGAAAGACUCUGCCCCAGUUCAAAACCCUGACCCUUUGAGAAGUAAAUCAAAGAAUUUCAGUUUGUCUGAGGACCAAAAUGAGAGAGAGAGAGAUUCCAAGGGCUCAGAUAGUUUGGAUAAGAAGCUAGAUACCAUUCUUUUGCCUCCAGAAAAUGAAAAGGAUAAAUUAAAAGAAGCUAGUCUAUCUUGUAAAGUCACAAAAUUGGAGUGUGUUGCCAUGCUAACAACAGAACAGUCUGGUUUCUCAUGUGGCAGUGUUGAGGGAGAAGGUAAAUUAGUGGUGACUGCUUACAAGGACCCCCAAGUCCCCCAGUUGAAAGGUAAUGGGAUCGAAGCUCCUCAGAAGAUGCUGGGGAUAUCUGAACGGACGGUGCUGAGUGAAAGGAAGAAGGAAGACAAAAGCAGAAUGGCAGAACCAGUGAAAGGCUACAUGAGACCUACGAAGUCUCGAGGACUCACCCCACAUUUGCCAAAGUCUGCAAGCCAGGAGAGAGAAAAACCCAGGCUGCUCAAGUCCAGUGGGAUAGCCAGGCAAGAAGAAGAAGGAAAGGCUGCUGUGGGUGUGACAGGAAAUGACAUCACUACCCCACCAAACAAGGAGCUACCACCAAGCCCAGAAAAGAAAGCAAAGCCUUUGGCCACCACUCAACCUGCCAGGACUUCAACAUCGAAAGCCAAAACACAGCCCACUUCUCUCCCUAAGCAACCAGCUCCCACCACUUCUGGUGGGUUGAAUAAAAAACCCAUGAGCCUCGCUUCAGGCUCAGUGCCAGCUGCCCCACCCAAACGCCCUGCUGCUGCCACUGCUGCUGCCAGGCCUUCCACCCUACCUGCCAGAGACCUGAAACCAAAGCCAGUUACAGAGGCUAAGAUUUCCGAAAAACGGACCUCACCUUCCAAGCCUGCAUCCACCUCAGCUCUCAGACCUGGACCUAAAACCACCCCAACUGUCUCAAAAGCCACAUCUCCCUCAAGUCUUGUCUCCACUGGGCCAAGCAGUAGAAGUCCUGCCACACCUCUGCCUAAGAGGCCCAUCUCCACUAAAACAGAGGGAAAAGCCGCUGAUGUCAAAAAGAUGACUGCCAAGUCUGCACCAGCUGACUUGAGUCGCUCAAAGACCACCUCUACCAGUUCUGUGAAGAGAAACACCACUCCCACUGGACCAGCACCCCCAGGAGGGACGACCUCCACUCGAGUCAAGCCCACUUCUGUACCUUCCCGGCCUUCUGUGGCAGUUUCUGUGGACAAGAAGCCCACCUCGGCGAAGCCUAGUUCCUCUGCUCCCAGGCUGAGCCGCCUGACCACCACUGCCUCUGCCCCUGAUCUGAAGAAUGUUCGCUCCAAGAUUGGCUCUACAGAAAAUAUCAAGCACCAGCCUGGAGGAGGCCGGGCCAAAAUAGAGAAAAAAACAGAGGCAGCUGCCACAGCUGGGAAGCCUGAACCUAACGCAGCCACUAAAGCAGCUGGCUCCAUUGCGAGUGCACAGAGACCGUCUGCUGGGAAAGUCCAGAUAGUCUCCAAAAAAGUGAGCUACAGCCAUAUUCAAUCCAAGUGUGGUUCCAAGGACAAUAUUAAGCAUGUCCCUGGAGGUGGCAAUGUUCAGAUUCAGAAUAAGAAAGUGGACAUCUCCAAGGUAUCCUCAAAGUGUGGGUCCAAAGCUAAUAUCAAGCACAAGCCUGGAGGAGGAGAUGUCAAGAUUGAAAGUCAGAAGUUGAACUUCAAGGAGAAGGCCCAGGCCAAAGUUGGAUCCCUUGAUAACGUGGGCCACCUGCCUGCAGGAGGUGCCGUGAAGAUUGAGACCUACAGGCUGACGUUUCGGGCUAAUGCCAGGGCCCGCACCGACCAUGGGGCCGACAUUGUCUCCAGGCCUCCCCACUUCCCUGGCUGCCCAAGCUUGGGGUCCCGGGCCCUGGGCUCCCUUUCCCGGGCUGUCUACUAGACUUGUAAGCUCUUGGGUGCUGGGCAGCCCUUUAGGCCUCCUUCCCUCCUGCCUAGCUUGCUCCAGGCAGCAGCAGCCUCCGCUGCCUUCACCUCCUUCCCCCUCUUCCGGCCCAGCUUCAACUUCACUACCCACCACUGCACCACUGCUCCAUGGAGAGGGUCGUGGGAGGGGGGAUGGGAGUCUAAUGGGAUCUCUGUGGGAUCUAGGGGUGGGGUGCUGGACUCCAAGAAACUGACAAACCCUCCCUCUCUUCCCUGGUUCACCCUGGGGGGACUAGUAGAGGUCAACUCCAGGUUGUGACCAGCACUGACCGAAUCCCCUGGCACCUAAACCACUGCCUCUCCUUGACCCCACAGAGGAAGCCACUGUAGGUGGUAUCAGGCCCUUUUGCUGCCCUGCUUUAAGUUAAUCAGGGUCUGUUGCCCUUGUCCCCACUGCUUAUACCUGAAUAGCUGCUGUCUCGCUUUUCUUUGUGUUUUAGUCUUUUUUCCCUCCCAAUAACCCAUGAACUGCUGGUAUAGUUUGCAGGUUGAAGCCAUGUCUAAAGAGAGUUCUCAGUAGGUGAUGGAGGAAGCAAGGGGGAGGUCCUGAGUCUCCACUGAGGAGGAGGCUGUCAGUUAUUGGGGGCUGCCCUACUGUGGGCCGCUUGGGGCCCAGUGGGAAGGAACCUGAGAAGUGGGGCUGCUGCCUAGUCAGCAGCCGGACAGCUAGGGCGGGCCAGUGUGCCUGGCUGUGCUGGCAUGGUGUAUGCUGCUUUCUUUUUCUAACCAAGAGGCUGGUUUUGGCGUCCGUCUUCUUCUGCGGGAACUGGUGGUCAACGUGUGAUACAAAACCAGGGCUGGAGAAACAGAAAUGAUGGUCAAAAUCCCUGACUUGCAGGCCAAGGCACCCAAACGCUCAUGUCCAGGGGAGCCUGAGCAGUCCAGAAUGCAUGUGAACAGUGGGGAAUCAGGUGUGGAAAUUUCAGACUAAAAUGCAUGAGACCUGGUGUGACUAGAGAGGAGCAGGAGAGGCCAGGCAAGUUGUGGUGGUGCGGCCAUCAUCCCAGUGUGGUCUGUUUGUGGGUGGGAUGGCUGCAGUGCUGAGAAUAUCCUGGGAAUUAUAUCAACACAAGAUUCUUAUUGCACUUGUAUUUUUUGUAUUAAAGUUUGCAUGGUUUCUAAUAAAGGAUUCAAACCUAAGUUUGUAGUGAAAUGGCCUGGGAGUGUCUGAGGGCUCCUCUGGUGGGGCAUUUUCUGCUGCGCAGAUUUGCCUGUCAGGAGGAUGGCCCAGAUCUGACCCUCUUGGCCCUCCUCCUGACCCAGCCUCCACCCUGCUCCAGGUGCAGCUUGAGCAGGUAGAGGUCUGUACUGUCUCUGCCCAAGGAAGUCAUCCCUGGGACUGAAGGUCCUAGACAGUUUUGAGGCAGCAGUUUCCUUUCAGAAAUCUUGAAACUAAAUCCCUAGCUCUACACACACACACACACACACACACACACACACACACACACACACACACACACACACACACACACACACACACACACACACACACACACGGGCCUUCAGGGAGUGGCUUUCUUCCCAGGCUGUCUGUAGAACGCUGCAUGCAGCCUUCAGUGUCAGUAUUUUUUCGGCAAGAUGGGACUGGGAAGAAGGAAGCAGCGGGGACCAGGGUGCUGGUGGCUGAGGGCAUAAAGGUACUUGCUACCUUCCUUGAUGGUGAUCCUGGGGCCUUGAGGAUGCUGAGAUUGACAAGAGUCCACUGGCCAAGGAUUAGAGAGUGGAAGGUGGCCCAAGCUCUCUAGGUAGACUGACUGUAAGAGGCCCAGCUCCCUGGAAUGGCCCCACAAGUCAGGAGAACCUGAGGAGGCUGAUCUGGCCACUUGGGACUGUAGGCCAUAUGAUGUGUAUACUUUGCAAGGUUUGGGGAUGAGAUCUUUCUGUACUUUGUUUGCUCAUGGCUUAGCCAUUACCUGUGUCUGUUAACUGUACUGAUUUAAACAAUAAAGCUGCCUGACAUCCCACCACA